AUGCCGAAGAACAGCAAGGUGACGCAGCGGGAGCACAGCAAUGAGCACGUCACGGAGUCGGUGGCGGACCUGCUGGCCCUGGAGGAGCCCAUGGACUACAAGGCCAGCAUGAUGAGCGUGGGCGGGCCCCCCGCGCUCAAGGUGAAGGAGCCCAAGGACGCGCCGGAGGAGGGCGACGGCCGGCCCGCCUGGAACAGCAAGCUGCAGUACAUCCUGGCCCAGGUGGGCUUCUCCGUGGGGCUGGGCAACGUGUGGCGCUUCCCCUACCUGUGCCAGAAGAACGGCGGAGGUGCAUACUUGGUUCCGUACUUCAUCCUCCUCAUCCUAAUUGGGAUCCCGCUCUUCUUCCUGGAGCUGGCGGUGGGCCAGAGGAUCCGACGUGGGAGCAUCGGGGUGUGGAACUACGUCUGUCCGCGGCUGGGUGGGAUCGGAGUGUCCAGUCUGAUGGUGUGUGGCUUUGUGGGGCUCUACUACAACGUCAUCAUUGGCUGGAGCAUCUUCUACUUCUUCCAGUCCUUCCAAUACCCCCUGCCCUGGAGCGAGUGUCCAAUCAGGAAGAACGGAACACAGGCCAUCGUGGAGCCGGAGUGCGACAAGAGUUCAGCCACGACGUACUUCUGGUACCGCGAGACCCUGAACAUCACCAGCUCCAUCGCCGACAGCGGAGGGCUGAACUGGAGGAUGACCCUGUCCCUGCUGGCCGCCUGGAUCAUCGUCUGCCUGGCCGUCAUCAAGGGCAUCCAGUCCUCCGGCAAGGUGAUGUACUUCAGCUCUCUGUUCCCCUACGUGGUGCUCUUCUGCUUCCUGGUCCGAGGGCUGCUCCUGAAGGGGGCGGUGGAUGGCAUCGCUCACAUGUUCACCCCCAAGCUGGAGAAAAUGCUGGAGCCGCAGGUGUGGAGGGAGGCCGCCACGCAGGUGUUCUUUGCCUUGGGGCUCGGGUUCGGAGGGGUCAUCGCCUUCUCCAGCUACAACAAGCGAGACAACAACUGCCACUUUGACGCCGCGCUGGUUUCGGUCAUCAACUUCAUCACCUCCGUGCUGGCCACGCUGGUGGUGUUCGCUGUGCUCGGCUUCAAGGCCAACAUCAUGAACGAGAAGUGCGUCAUCGAGAACGCAGAGAAGAUCCUGGGGUACCUGAACUCAAACGUGCUGAGCCGAGACCUCAUCCCCCCGCACGUGAACUUCUCCCACCUCUCCUCCUCGGACUACGCCGAGAUGUACGGUGUGAUAAAGACGGUGCAGGAGGACAACUUCCCCAAACUGGGCCUGGACCCCUGCCUGCUGGAGGACGAGCUCAACAAGGCGGUGCAGGGCACGGGUCUGGCGUUCAUCGCAUUCACAGAGGCCAUGACCCAUUUCCCGGCCUCGCCCUUCUGGUCGGUCAUGUUUUUCUUCAUGCUCAUUAAUCUGGGCCUGGGCAGCAUGAUCGGCACCAUGGAGGGAAUCACCUCGCCUGUGCUGGACACCUUCAAAAUCCGCAAGGAGAUACUAACAGUGUGCUGCUGCAUUAUGGCCUUCCUCUUCGGCCUCCUCUUCGUGCAGCGGUCGGGCAACUACUUUGUCACCAUGUUCGACGACUACUCCGCCGGCCUCCCCCUCACCAUCGUGGUCAUCCUGGAGAACAUCUCAGUGGCCUGGAUCUACGGCACCAAGAGGUUCAUGCAGGACCUGGAGGACAUGCUGGGCUUCCGGCCGUACCGGUUCUACUUCUACAUGUGGAAGUACGUGUCGCCGAUCUGUCUGCUCGUGCUCAUCGCAGCGACCGUCAUCGAGAUGGCCAUCAGCCCGCCCGGGUACAACGCCUGGGUGCAGGACCAGGGUGCGGAGGAGUUCCAGAGCUACCCUCCGUGGGCGUUGGCCAUGUGCUUCGCCCUCAUCAUCGUGGCCAUGCUGCCUCUCCCCAUCGUCUUCAUCGCCCGGCAGUUCAACCUGAUGUCGGACGGCUCCAACAAGCUGUCGGUGUCCUACAGAAAGGGCUGCAUGAUGAAGGACAUGUCCAACCUGGAGGAGCACGACGAGACGCGCUUCAUCCUGGGGAAGAACCCCAGCGAGACGCCCUCGCCCAUGCCCACCCACCGCUCCUACCUGGGCCCCGGGAGCACCUCCCCCCUGGAGCCCGCCAACUCUGGCCCCAACAGCCGCUAUGGCACCGGAUACCUGAUGGCCACCACGCCCGAGUCAGAGUUAUGA